CGUUUAUUCUGGUUGGCUAGAAGUGGAAGUUCCUCGGGGAGAUUCAGGGAAGGUUUAGUUGCACCGGAUUUGAGACCGUAUACACCCAUACACGUGAAACAGACCGUAAUAAGUCAGUAUCAAAACUCGUCUGAAUGAAACACAGAGACAAAGAAAAACUGGGGAGAGUUUAACCAUUAAUAUGGCAGCGUAUCCACUACCGGAGGGGUUCAGUGAUUUUGAUAUGAUUACCUUUGGCCUUGCACUGCUUGUUGAGGGUCUUCUGGGAUUCUGUCUGAACUCCGUAGCAGGGCUGUCUUUUCUGCUGGUCAAAGACCAACGAACUCCAAGCAACUUCCUGGUGUUCAAUCUUAAUAUUGCUGAUCUUAUGCUGAACAUCAAUGCUCUCAUUGCCGCCUAUGCAAGCUAUGUCAGGGUCUGGCCCUUUGGUAUCGAGGGCUGUCACAUGCAUGGAUUCCUGGGAUCAAUCGCCAUUUAUGCAACAAUCCCCCUCCUCGCACUUAUCGCACGAGACAAGUAUCACUACUGGUGUACCCAGGAGCAGCUGUCCUGGUCCACCUCUGGGAUGAGGUGUGCGAGUGUUUGGGUGGCAGCCGUCUUCUGGGCUGCUCUUCCUCUGCCCGUUAUCGGCUGGGGCGAGUUUAACUUUGAGCCAAUGGGGAACUGUUGCUGUUUGGACUACACCAAAGGAGACUGGGGAUAUAUCUCCUACAUGCUAGCUGUCACUGUCAUCUACCUCUUGACUCCAAUGAUGAUAAUGCACAAUUCAUAUGCUGCCAUCAACACAUACUUCAAGAAGACUCACAGCUUUAAGUUCAACACCUAUUUACCCGAGACUGUCCUGUUGGCAACGUGGGGGCCAUUUGCACUGCUCUGUUUCUAUGCUGCUGUAGAGAAUGUCACGCUGGUUUCCCCGUGGUUCAGAAUGGUGAUUCCGGUGUGGGCAAAGAGCGGCCCAAUAUUCCACGCUGUUAUUUACUCUUUUACCAAUGAAACCUACAGAGGUGCUAUCUGGAAGAUGCUGAAAGGAGGACAGAACCCUGACAAGAGCAAAAUGUCUUAAAAAAAGAAAACCUUCAGGAAAAGAACAAGCACAUCCACUGUAUCAAAUACAAGCAGGUAAUUGGAGUGCUUCUGGGUCUUCACCUUUUUCCCUUGGUGCUCUCAUCAGUGUAGGGGCUCUCAAACUUGGUCCAGGUAGACAAAUGCUGAGGCACUCAAGGUUGCAAUUUUUACUUUUUUAAAAAUAAAAUUAGUGUAGCCAAAUAAGAAAAGUAAAAAUUGCAACCUUGAGUGCCUCAGCAUUUGUCUACAUGGACCAAGCACUUUCUCUGUGACUAGUGGGCUCAGUCAUAGUGUAGGAAAACGGGAGGGAACAAAUAUGUUUCUGAAAACUUGGAAUCUGAGAUGUAUAAUGUGUUGAAAAUUCUUGCCUCUGGCUUUGGCUAGCUGUGACCAUUUAGUCUUCCAUCUUGUAGUCACAAGAUGCUUGGCCUCUGAGAAGAACUGACAAGGGACAUGAUUUGUUAUAUUAACUACAGUUGUCCAAUAACGUUGACUAGUACAUGGGGUCAUUUGUUUCAAAAGGCCCGUUUCCUGUUAUGUGGCUCUUGUGGCCUAACAAGUUUGCCUACCUCUGUACAGAGAAUUACAAACAUGUGUGUUAUGUGUAUUAAUAAAAUAAAUGUCAGUUUUGUGUCAAUCUUAUGAUUAUU